ACAAUUUUAAAAGUGGAAAUAGUGACAUAUUAAUGUGAUAUGGGAAGUUUACGAUUGAUUUCUAAAUUGUGUGAAAACGGAGCAUGGUCAAUCUGUAAACAGCUUCAGGAUGUAGAAAAAGCCUCAUUUCUGGUCAGAAUCACUGGACUUCGCACAAACAAUGGGUUGCGUCAAAUGACAACAAAAGCUGACAUUGAUGACAUCCAAAAAAUUAAGAAGGGAAACUUUGAAAAAAUCCCGGACCCUGCUCACCUUGAUCACUUCCGGAAAUCCCAGUCAACAGAAGUUGCUGUAGAGGAAAUAAAGAAUCCUCCCCCUAUGGGCACUCACACUCUUCCACAUCCUAUUUGGACCGAAGAUGAACUCCACAGUGUUGAAAUCACUCACAAACCACCGGAGGGGUUCGUGGACAAACUUGCAUUCCGAUCUGUAAAACUCCUGCGACACUCAUUUGAUGUCUUGACAGGAUUUAAUUGGGGCGAAAGAACAGAGAAAAAAUGGAUUCUACGUAUAUGCUUCUUGGAAACAGUAGCAGGAGUUCCAGGAAUGGUGGCAGCAAUGACGCGACACUUACACUCACUGCGCAGGCUCAAACGGGAUCAUGGUUGGAUACAUACCUUAUUAGAGGAAGCCGAGAAUGAGAGAAUGCAUUUAAUGACAGCACUACAGCUCCGUCAGCCUUCUUGGUUAUUUAGGAUGGGAGUGAUAGCCUCGCAAGGUGCCUUUGUGACCAUGUUUAGCUUGGCUUACCUGAUCAGCCCUCGAUUCUGUCAUCGUUUUGUUGGUUACUUGGAGGAGGAGGCUGUUUACACCUACUCAAAGUGUCUAAAGGAUAUAGAGUCUGGACCUUUGAAAAUAUGGCAAACACAGAAAGCCCCGGAUGUGGCUAUUCGUUACUGGAAACUUCCUGUUCGUGGUACAAUGAAAGAUGUUAUAUUUAACAUUCGGGCGGAUGAAGCAAAUCAUCGAAAAGUGAAUCACGUUCUGGCCUCCCUCAGGAAAGAUCAAUAUAAUCCAUUCCUACCCGGGCAAUAAAAAUGACCCUUAAUGCGCCUCAUCUAUGUUUUUCAGGUAACUGCAUCUAUGAAGGAUGUAGUUUUGGCAAUUCGUGCUGAUGAGGCUCACCAUAGGGUCGUUAAUCACACAUUAGCUUCCAUGAAGGAAGAUGACUACAAUCCGUAUGAGCCAGGAAAAUGAAUCAAAACGGAGA